UCAAAAUGUAGAUUACCGACAACAACUGAUGAAAAGACAGCAAGUGUAUGAAAUGGCCGAACACAGGGCUGAAGAUUAUGGUCGUGCUGUGCAACAUCAGGGUCCUUCAAGGAUGAGCUACAGGGAGAGUGGAUUUUAUGUUCAGCAAGAUCGAGAUCCAAAUGAAAGAGCUUAUCCAGAAAACAUGGAAAUGAGUUACGAAGAGCGCGGGCUACCUGCCGUUUAUUCACACCAGUACCCUGCGCCGGGGGAGAUGCAAAUGGAUCGUGGCCCCCAACCCAGUUUGCAGCUCCAUCAAGGAUAUCAACAUUCAGCUGCAUGGCACACUCAAGUUCCAUUUGUAGUUGUACCACAACCACAGCAUCAACAACAGCCGCCUCAGCCAGAGGAGGAGGAAGAGAAGAAGCCGAGAAAAGUUUGGUGGUAUACCACUUGUCGCGUCUUCUCUGCAGUCUUGAUCAUUCUUAAUCUUGUUUCAGAUUGGCUGCAAUACUCCGACAUGAGCGAUCCUGUUGGGGAUAUAAAAGAGAUACUCAGUGGAAAAAAAGGAAAUCUGUGCCAACGGUCAAAAGACGGACAAAAGUGAAAAAACGCUGAACAAUUCUUGUAUUUAACCAUUGCAGGGACCGUGAUUGCUGUUCUACAAAUGGCUAACAUCAUCUAUCAGAUCGUUCAGAACCACCGACUACAGCCUGAUAUUGAAAUCACCGAUUAUGUGGACGAGCGAACCGAAAUUUUUCUUGUAAACGCAUUUAUAAAAAUUCCACAAAAUUUUUUACUUCAUCGCUUCGAAGAAAGUUUAUCUGAAACAUGUUUCGAAUGCAAAGUGUGGGACGCCGGG